CUCCAUGAAAGAUGACAGAAGAAGUUAUUGUUAUAGCGAAGUGGGAUUAUACUGCCCAACAGGACCAAGAACUUGACAUAAAAAAGAAUGAACGCCUCUGGCUGCUGGAUGAUUCCAAGACAUGGUGGAGAGUAAGAAAUGCAGCCAACAAAACAGGAUAUGUGCCAUCAAAUUAUGUGGAGAGAAAGAACAGCUUAAAGAAAGGCUCCUUGGUUAAAAAUCUGAAAGACACAUUGGGUUUGGGUAAAACAAAACGAAAGACAAGUGCUAGAGAUGCCUCACCAACUCCUAGUACUGAUGCAGAAUACCCAUCCAAUGGUAGCAGUGCUGAUAGGAUUUAUGAUCUGAACAUCCCUGCAUAUGUAAAAUUUGCCUACGUGGCAGAGAGGGAGGAUGAACUAUCUCUUGUUAAAGGAUCUCGCGUGAUUGUUAUGGAGAAAUGCAGCGAUGGCUGGUGGAGAGGGAGCUACAAUGGACAUAUUGGCUGGUUUCCUUCAAACUAUGUCGUUGAAGAAGUUGAGGAAGCAACUGCUGAUUCACCAAGUUUUCUAAGUUUGAGAAAAGGGGCAUCCAUGAGUAAUGGCCAAGCCAUGAAAAUUCUUCACAUUGUCCAGACAUUGUAUCCAUUCAGUUCUGUCACUGAAGAAGAGCUCAAUUUUGAAAAAGGUGAAACUAUGGAAGUGAUAGAGAAACCAGAAAACGACCCAGAAUGGUGGAAAUGUAAAAAUUCUCGCGGGCAAAUUGGUCUCGUUCCGAAAAACUAUGUAGUAAUCUUAAGUGAUGGUCCUACCAUUAAUACUUCCCACCCUCCUCAGAUAAGCUACACAGGGCCUUCUUCUACAGGACGGUUUGCAGGAAAAGAGUGGUAUUAUGGGGCCGUUACUCGACACCAGGCAGAAUGUGCUUUGAAUGAAAGGGGAUCAGAAGGUGACUUCCUUGUCAGAGACAGUGAAUCUUCACCCAGUGACUUUUCAGUAUCUCUAAAGGCUUCAGGGAAGAACAAACAUUUCAAGGUGCAGCUGGUGGACAAUGUCUAUUGCAUUGGGCAGCGUCGAUUUAAUACUAUGGAUGAGUUGGUGGAACACUACAAAAAGGCUCCUAUCUUCACCAGUGAGCACGGGGAAAAGUUAUAUCUUGUCAAAGCACUUCAGUGACAUUGAAGAUGGACUAGGCCUGCUGGGGUCUUUUGUAACUUAAAAGCCUUAGGUCCUCAAUCACUUUUAUAGAGCAGGGCACUCUGCACCAGACACAACUGUCAGUGAAUGGUCUCUUUCUGAGUAUUUGCUCUGUUGGUUAUAUUCUCUUUUCCUCCUUGCUUUUCUCUACCCCCAUUUUUGCCUAUUAGUCUUUUUAAAAAUUAAGUUGUUUUGAAUCCCCUCAGGUUGAAAUUUUCACUUAGGUGCCAUUGUAAGCACUCGUUUUAUUUCCUGGGCUCUUAACUCUUCUAUGUAUGUUUACAGAGUUAAUCCAGAAAAAGGAGGGGUAUUCUCAAGUGAGAAACAGUGUUAUCAGACGGCUCCUGAUGGCAGAAAUCAUCAUUGAGAGACUGGGCACAGUUGAAUGCGCUGAACCUGCAGCUAACUAAGUGAAAUAAUAGUAGACAUAAUGGUUGUGGCUGUGAGUUCUGUAGCUAUUCUGCUUACCAAGUAAUAUAUUUCUAAAAUUCCUAGUUUCUAGAAGCACUCUUCCCAAACUCUACUACAACUAUUACAUAGCUUUUUGGCUCUUUGUGAAGAGUACACUAACUAAAAGCAUUUUGUAAUAGUUCUUCUUAAACUACUACGGUAUGAUUGUAGUAAAGAAAACUAUCUAGCAUAUUUUGACAUGUAAUUUCAACCAAGAUGUUUCAUUGAAAGUUGAUUACUUAGAGAAUCAUUGAAUUGUAAUGGUUGAAUGUUUUGGUAUCUACAACCAGAUGUGCCAUCCACAUAAUGCUUUUUCUUCUUGCCCUUCUGCUUGUUUGAAUUAAACAGUUAUGUAUUUAAUUCUUAAAGUAAUAUGUAUCUGUAGCCAAUUGACACUAAUACAGAAGUUUGAUAAACAUAGCUAAUUAUGGGUGGGUGGGGCUUCCAGCACAUACAUACAUACAUACAUACAUACAAACAUACAUACAUACAUACUUAUAAUAUAUAUAUAUAUAUAUAUAUUUACAUAACAGAAAAAAAAUCAGGGUUUACAGAAGGUGGUGUGAUUGGUAGUAAGACACACAGAAUGUUAUAUGAAGAAAAUGCGUUUCUUUUGUGUUUCUUUUAACCUCCUUAUGGUUUUAAAUAUAGUAUUGAUGGCACAUUCCUGAAAAUAUUAAAAAAGGACCUUGUUGAUCCUGAAAACUUGCAUACCUCCCCCACCCUACUUUUUUGAUAUUGUAAUAAAAAGGUAUCAUG